AGCAAAUCUGCCAUACUUAAGAAAGUGGAGCAUAUCUCAGUUCCCAUUUACGCGAAGAUGAAUAUAUCCAUUUUUGUUGCUGCAGCCUUAGUGGCUGUCGCAGCUGGUCAGUGUGUGGAUAGACUUAGAGGCUGUGCAACCAGCAAAGCAAGGGGGUACUGUACCGUAGAUAGAUAUGUUUUGAACUACUGCAGGAAGACGUGCGGUGGAUGCACCAAAUCCGCUGAAACUACAUGCUGGGACAAAUCAACCGCCUGUAGAUUUUACAAAGGAACAUCAAGAUGCCAGAGCGCGUAUGCCAAACAGUAUUGUCAGUUCUCUUGCAACCUUUCCAAGGGCAAGACUUGCGGAAAUGUUGUUCCAGGAACUCGACCAACAGCUAGACCAACCACUCGAGUUACCAGACCCACUCCUACAACUCCAACAACCGCACCAACCCCAAGAUACACUGGACCCUCAACAACACCAAAACCAGUCGUAAGACAAGCUGGUUGUGGGGUUUCGAAGCUUGGACACGAUAAGGCUAACUUCAUAGUCGGAGGAAGAGAGGCCGAAAUUGGAAGAUGGCCAUGGAUGGCUGAUUUGUAUAACAAUCGCAGACACUCGUGCGGAGCUGUCGUUAUUGACGCCAACUGGGUCCUUACUGCCGCCCAUUGUGUUGCACGAGCCUCACCAUACUCACUGAAGAUUAGAGUAGGAUGGCACAACCAGCGUUUGAGGCCAGUCAGUGGCGUUGAACACGCAGUCAGACGUAUUGUUGCACACAAAGGAUAUGGUUCAAUCCGUGGCAGUGGAAUCCUUAACGACAAUGACAUCGCACUUCUCCAACUGACCAAGGCUAUUGACUUCAAUAACGAGCACGUCAAUGUUGUGUGCCUUCCUCAAAAAGGAGAGCAGUUCAGCGGAGAGUGCACCGCCACAGGUUGGGGAUUGACCCAAGGUACUGGUGACAAUACUAGACUUAGGGAAGUGACCGUACCCGUGUAUGACACCAAGACUUGUCUCAAGUACUGGCCUGGCAAGGUGUCCGACAGACAGAUCUGCAUGGGACGUGUUCCCCCAGCACCAAGACAGACAGCCUGCAGAGGUGAUUCUGGCGGCCCUCUCGUCUGCAAGAAGGAAGGACGUUGGAUACUUGCUGGUGUGACGUCAUGGGGGACACGAGAGUGUAUCGGACGCCCAGCAGUCUACACUAGAGUUUCUGAAUAUAUCGACUGGAUCCAACAGAAUAAGAAAUAAACGAAUUAUAAUAUGAGUUUACAUUUUGUUGCUGUAAAAUCUGUUUCGUAGAUAGAAACACCUUUUAAGUC